AUGUCUGGUGUUGAUUCUGAGGUCAAUGAAGAUGACCAAAAUGCUUCUUAUAAGAAGUUUGAGAGUCAUGAAGCCAUGAUUUUUUCCGUUGAGUUAUCAGAUGGCAUGUUUGAGACUGUUCCUGAGCUCAAUAAGAUUCAGCUGAUAGAAAUACUAGAAUCACUGGAAGAGCUGAUGUCGCAAUUGAUUGUAGUGAGACCUAAUGCUGCCAUCGGCUGCUAUUUCCAUUAUUGCGGCAAGGAAGGUAACGACUAUGGAAUAUAUGAGUUUUUUCCCUUAAGUGACAUUAAUGCCAAAAAUAUGAAAAAACUGAGCGAUUUAUUGGAAGAUCUUCGACUUGAUAGAAUAAAUCUGAUUGACUUUUUUCAAUACAAUAAUGCCAAGAAGACAUCUAUGGAAAAACUUUUCACAUUUUACUUGAACCAAUUUUCGAUGGAGGUUGCAGGUCAACGUAAAUACACUUUCCAACGGAUUUUUCUUUUCACCGAUAACGAUUCACCUAUAGAUAAGGAAGAUAAGGAGGCUAAGUCAAUACUGAGAAAGAUUGUCGAUGAUUUAGAUGAAUCUCACGUCAACUUUGUACCCUUUUUUAUAGGUCGACCGGAUGCACCAUUUAAUAGUGCACUUUACUCCGAAAUUUUAAAGCUUGGUGCCAGGAAGGAUUCAAGUACUGAAUACGAUGGGCCAAACACUACCCCAAUACAAGCAUCAUAUAUCAAAUCCAAGGUUUUAAGAAAAAGAGAAAUUAAGAGAGUUGCGUUCCGAUGCCCUUUAAUUUUAAAUGAAAAGAAAAACUUUAUAGUGGGCUUACGAGGCUAUAUAUUUGUAAGUCACGAAAAAGUUGCUACAAGAUAUAAGCUAGUAUAUGAAUAUGAAAAUUUACGACAGGAGGCAUUUUCGAGGAGAAAAUUUUUGAGUUCAGAGACAGCUGAGGAAAUAAAAGGAAAAGAACUUACUAAAAUUUUUACUCUAGGAGAUUUAGAUAUAGAAGUAGAUGAACGAAGAUUCUUCGAAGUGGAAAAAGCUGAUGAUGAUGUGAGAUCGUUUUUAAAAGUCGUUGGUUUCCGUUCGAUAAAGUCAUGCGUUAAAUACAUAAAUAACAUUGAUAAGGUCAUGUUUGUUGUACCCGACGAAAUGCAAUACGUUAACUCGAUUAAGAUACUGACUUCACUGUUUAAGACGCUUAGAACGAAAGGGAAGGCUGCAAUAAUAUGGGGGAAGCUUAAGGCAAAUUCUAAUCCUUCUCUUUUUGUAUUGGAACCAUCAGGAGAAAAGGACCCUAACGAAGGUUUUUAUCUUCACCGUGUUCCAUUCUUAGAUGAAAUAAGGAAAUUACCAACAAUGAUAACCUAUGAAUGUGGCGAAAACACUUCAGACUAUGAAAAUUUAAUAAAAGUAACAGAAUAUAUCAUGGCCUAUUUCAAUCUGAAGGGUGGUUAUAAUCCAAUGGAUUUGAAAAAUCCAUGCAUUCAAAAAUAUUUCAAGAUUUUGCACGACUAUUUAUUGCAGAUAGAGGACAAGACUUCGGACGAAUCUUCAACAGAGCGAAAGCAAAGAUUGUUAAGGGAGGAUGAUACUCUACGUAAAGUGUCACAUAUAAGAGAGAAGAUUAUAUCAUCAUCAAGAUCAGAGGAUGCAGGAGCGCAAAAAUUGAGUAAAUAUAUUAAAGUUUGGAAUAAUUUUUAUGCUAAGAUAGAGAAAGAGAGCGUUUCUUUGGAACCUUCCAAAACUAAAAAAAGAAAGCCAGCGCCGACUUUAAAUCUAUAA